AUGAGUGCAAGGGCGCUUAAGAAAUUAGGAGGUAAGAGCCUUGAAGAUGAGCUUAGAGCUUUAGAAAACAAGCGGUUAGGUCAUACAAAAAACGGAAAAAAAGCAACAAACAACGCCGAUGGCGUUGAUGAAGAUACCGACGAAGAAGACAAAGACAAAGCCGAACAAGAAGAUGAAGAAGAAGAAGAAGAAGAAGAACAACAACAAGAGAAGAACCAAACGAAUUCAUCCAAGUCGAGGUUUAAUGCCUUUGCUUUUUUAAAUGAUGAUGAUGAUGAUGAUGAUGAUGAUGAUGAAGAAGAAGACGACGACGACAACGACGAAGAAGAAAAGAAACAAGGAAAAGAUGACAAAAAUGAUGAAUCAAUCGAGAACGAUAUAGAAGGGUCUAGUACUAUAGAUUCAAUUAAUGAGCCGGAAUCUAAUUCUUCUAUUCAACCAGUAUUGCAAAGUAAAAAUUCCAAGAAACAAAAGAAAAAGACAAAAACAAAAGCAAAAGCUAAGUCUAAGAAAAAGGCUAAAUCACAAUCGCCUGGUUUGAAUAACGAGGGUACUUCUAGAAAAGAUACUGAAGAAGACGAUGAUGAUGAAGAUGAUGAUGAAGAUUUAGAUGCUAUUUUGGCAGAGUUGAGUAUGAAAGACAGACAAAAUGAUAGCAUGAAAGGUACGGUUCAUUUCGCAUCAGAGCUGUUUACAUUUGAAGAUGAGUUUGAUUCCAUUAACGAGCCACAACAAUUCUUUGAUUCAAAUUACAAGAAGUUCACAACUAAAAAACUCAAAGAGUCACUUCCAUUACUCUCGGUAAACUCCGUAAGGAAUUUGGAUCCAGACCAAGAGUACAGAAAUCUAUUUGGCAAUUCUUUGUCGUUUGAUUUGAUAGAAGAUGCAAAUUCAACUAGUUCUUUAGCGAUAUUGCCUGAAGCUCUUGAGCAAUACAAGAAAUUGGCCAAGAUGACUAGAAAUUGGGGAGGCAAGGAUCGAAGGAAUAUUCCUGGUACAUCGAGAAAGUUGCUCUUGUCCAAGAUUCGAGACGACUGGCUUCCAACACAUUUGAAAAGUGUGUCGAUGGAACUUUUGAGUAAUGAUGAGGUGAGACAAAUAUACGCAUAUAAGGAAGACAUAAUUUCCGAGGAUGAGCUUGAAACUAAAUUGGAGAGGGAGAGGGAAUUGGGUGUACAGUACUUUAGAUUCAACAAGGUUCACGAUAUCAAGAACCGUGUUGCAAAUACAAAGUUCUAUGCGGCAACGGUGUUGACACCUGAUCCCGAAUCACUUUUCCAAUUAUUGCAAGUGAGUCCAUAUCACCAUGAGACUUUGCUCCAGGUGGCAAUGGUUCUUCUUAGACAAGGUGACAAUAAAGCCACAUCAAAUGCAUUGAUUGAAAGGUCUUUAUUCACUUUUGACAGAAGCUUCCAUCGCGUGUUCCAUGAGUUGUUAUCAUCGGCCCAAAAUGGUUUAAUUCGACUUCCAUAUGAAUUUUUUUCAAACAGACAAUUCUAUCUCAAUUUGUUUAGGUACAUUGUAUCUUUGGGAGAAAGAUCGUUGUUUAGUACUGCCAUGUCGUACUGUAAACUAUUGUUAAGUUUAUCACCGGCAGAGGAUCCUAUGGGUGUACGAUACUUUAUGGACUUUUACGCCAUAAUGAGCGAUAACUUUGAUUAUUUAAUCAAGUUUAGAAAGUCUCCACUUGUUACAUGUUACACGCGAUGGUAUACGCCAGGUAUAGCCUUUUCGACUGCGCUUGCGUACUUAAAGCUAGAGCAAACUGAAUUGGCAAUCGAAGAGCUUCGAAAUGCCGUUAAGGAACAUCCAUACACCGCCUACAAAAUUCUCACUGAGAUUUGUAUUUCAAACAAUGUGCAUUUAAAGGAUUCUGAUUUUGAUGUUGAUGCAGAAACACUCAUCAGUGCCGAAACAUACUUAGUUAGGGCCAAAAUAUUAUGGGCAUCAGACUUGGAAUUUUUAACAAUCAAUUUAGAAUCCAAUUUGGCAGAAAAUCGUCAAAAAUCUUCAGGUUGGUUCUUUGGCAGUAGUGGUAGUAGUAGUGGUAGUGGUAGUGGUAGUGGUUCCAGUCCUGGUUCUAGUUCUGGUGGGAACGGAUCCAUCACAAACACUUUAAAAAACUUUUUUGGCCGUGUUGGACUAGAAGGCUCCACAUCAGCUCUGGCAAAGAAUAAGGAUGUUCCUUUCAAUCUAGUCAGGUUUGCUAUCCUAUCAGGUGAAAACAAAAUAAUGGGAAAACUUCCGCAAAAAAUUUGGAACAGGGAUGAUCUACACGAAUACGAUGUAUUACCACCUCAAGACGUAUUGUAUGGCUCCGAGAGUUUAGAUACUCAAAGCCAUCGAGAGCGGCCGAAAAUUACCGAUUCUUUUAUAGACUAUGUCGAUCAGAAUUUGCUAGGUGCAAUAGUGCAGGAGAGAACUAGAGGAGAUGACCGUCAACUUACCGAGGAUGAAAUGAAUAUAAUGCGGCAAUUACUCGAACAGGUAAAUGAAAGAGACAACGAGCUAGAGGAGUAA